AUGAGGAGAAACACCCUUUGCCUUGAGCUCACCACGAGGACGGAGGCGUUAGUUUGUACUGAAACAGUUUUGUUUGCUGUUACCAAUGCUGUGGCCAUCCUCGGAAAUCUUCUCACUUUUUAUGCUGUGUACAGAAACCACAGACUGCGCACGAUUCCCAACAUGUUCCUGAUAGCUCUGGCUCUAAGUGAUAUUCUGAUGUCUACUAUCUGUAUACCUUUUACAGUUGCAAGUCUUUUCCACGGCAGGUGGAUCUUUGGUGACACAGUCUGUCGCUGGCAAGGAUUUGAUAUAUUUACAUUUGGGACGAGUAGUGUUGGAACUAUGGCAGCAAUUGCAGUCAGCCGAUAUUUCUGUGUUGUUAAUCGGGAAAAGUAUCCCUCGCUGUUUAAGAAGCAAAGAUCCGUGAUGUACAUUUUCAUUGUUUGCUGCUUGGCUCUGGUUGGAUCUGUGCCCAUAUUAGUCUUCAAAAAUAACAGCGUUGAAUUCCAGCCAGGAAAAGCAAUGUGUCUGUACAAAU